CCGGGAGGGCUGUGAUUCGCUGCCGCUUCGAAGCCAGCAGGGUGUUUCCACGUGUCGUCCAGCGUGUCAGAUGUGGUGCGCGUAUUGCUUUAAGACACGACGAGCCUUCGCAGGGAGAAUCCACUUUGAGAUCAGAGAGCACCAGAUUUCUCCUUUGCAAGUUGUUCAAAGAGCUUUUUAGAUGAAAGCCCGGUCCACAGAGAUGAGCCGGAGGACAAAGGAAUGAAUUUGCACUGAGGAAUGAGGCUGAGGGAACCGUGCACAUAGGAGCUCCAAUCUGAAGAGAGACUUUUCAGACAGGCAGCAAUGGGAAAUUCAGAGAGCCAAUAUAGCAUCCAGGGCCCCAAAGGCACCAGCUUUGUCUUCCCCGGGAAACCGAAGUCAUGCUCACGGAAGCUCCACUCAGCCAAAGAUGACGCUAUGUCGCCCCACACGUGGUGGAAGAGUGCCCCGUUGGGCUCAGGGUACAAGACCAGGUGUGUUGGCCGUGGCUGUCUGUCCCCUCCCAAAAGCAGACCGCCUUACUCCCCGAGGCACUGUGACUACGUCUCAAAGGGGACACGGGGCAGCCCGGGCGACCGCCGCUGGCAUCGGUCGCCUCGAUUUGGUACGCGGAGGCGGCAUAUGCCGGAUGAGUACGAAGACAACCCAUACGGGGCCGAUCUUAAUGGGUGCACUCUGAAUGGACAAACCGACGAGCGCGAGGCUUUAGAGGAACAGAGCAGCCCACGGGUGGUGAUAAAGAAGGAUGGCAGUCUCAGGGUGGAGUUCACCAACACCUCGGGCAAUCCCGUGCUCCUGGACGGGGCUUCUGGCCCCGUACAGCUCCUCAAGUUCUCCCCCAACCUGCAGGCAGCCUUCACUCCCAGUCUGCCUGGCUCCAGUGGGAGUCAGCAGGACGGCCACCACAGCGGCCCACCUCCGACCUCCGCCUCCUCCACGGCCAGGACCAGCAAGGGCAGCUCCCUGAGCUCUGAUGGCUCUUGGUACGACUCUCCCUGGGGGCCCAGCACAGAGCUGUGCGAGCAGGACCAGCCCCGCUCUGUCAGCAGGACGUCGGUCCACUCCCCCACGCAUCAACUUGACUCCUUCACUGAACAGUCUCCCCCCGUGUCCAUGACAGACUUCGAUAAGGACUCCACGAUGGCUGCCACCUUCCCGACAGCCAGUGACCCGUCCUCCCGUUUACAUCCGCCUCCUUCGGGCCAGAGGCCACACAGAGCUUCUUUUGCCUCUGUCCUGGAUGUUCCACUGGAGGAAGAAUCUUCUGAGGCCUGCCAGUACUCAUCAUACACCCUGCCCUGCCGCAGGCCCAAAGCUCACACCGCGGGCGAGGAUCUCGACCGGCAUCCUGACCAGGAGCAGGGUGGACCUGAUUCUGGCUUCAAUAAAAAAGACUCCAUCAAAAACCGCAUGCGGCGCUUUAGUGACUGGACAGGAAGCCUCAGCCGCAAGAAGAGGAAGUCUCAGGAGUCCAGGUACAAGGACCUGAGCGACGCCUUGGACAGCGGGGUCGAUGGCCUGACUGCAGACACCAGCUCCCACUCUCAGGUCUCCAGCCUCCUCUGGUUCCCAGGAGCCUCCAGGGCCCAGUCAUCAGGGGCCCUCCACCAAUCGACCAGCGACGCCCUCCGCCAGAACAUCUAUGAGAACUUCAUGAGGGAGCUUGAGACUGGCACUGGAAAGGGGGGAGGGGGAGGCGGAGAGAGGAGAGAAGCAUCCACGGGCACCGAGGAGGGGGAGAGCAGCAGCGAGUCGGCCGAGGGCUCCCUCGAGCAGCUGGAUCUGCUGUUUGAAAAGGAGCAGGGGGUGGUCCGACGGGCCGGGUGGCUUUCCUUUAAACCCCUCGUCACUCUGCACAAGGACAGGAAGCUGGAGCUGGUGAACCGCCGCAAGUGGAAGCAGUACUGGGUGACCCUGAAAGGUUGUACGUUGCUGUUCUACGAGACCUACGGUAAAGGCUCUCUGGAGCAGGAGCUGUCGCCUCGCUACGCCCUCCUCGCCGAGGACGGCGUCGUCCAGGCCGUUCCGGAGCACCCCAAAAAGGAGAAUGUUUUCUGCCUCAGCAACUCGUACGGAGACGUCUACCUCUUCCAGGCCGGCAACCAGACCGACCUGGAGAACUGGGUGACGGCCAUUCAUUCUGCCAGCGCCUCGCUGCUGGCCAAGCGCCAGGGGAAGGAGGACACGGUGCGCCUGCUGCGGAGCCAGGUCCGUGGCCUUCUGCAGAAGAUCGACAUGGACGGGAAGAUGAAGAAGAUGGCCAAGCUGCAGCUGACGGUGGUCAGCGACCCCAAGAACCGCAAGGCUAUUGAGAACCAGAUCCAGCAGUGGGAGCAGAACCUGGAAAAGUUUAACAUGGACCUGUUUAGGAUGCGCUGCUACCUGGCCAGUCUACAGGGCGGAGAGCUGCCCAACCCAAAGAGCCUGCUGGCAAUCGCCAGCCGUCCCACCAAAACCACCCUCGGGCGUCUGGGCAUCUUCUCCGUCUCCUCCUUUCAUGCACUGAUCUGCUCCAGAGACGAGGCCACGCUCAGAAGGCGGUCGUUGUCCCUGACUCACAGACGGCGCAGGAGAGGCCUCUUCUCCUCGCUCAAAGGCCUCGACAACCUCACGAAGAGGGGCUGGGAUAAGAGGCCCUCGGCUUCACAGAUCUUCGAGAGCGACGCCGGAGGUCAAACGUACGCCGUGCCUGCCAGGAGCAGUGAGAGGCUGGCCAGUAUCUACUCCAUGUCGCCCCCUGAGGGCGGUUUGUGGGAGAGCCUCGGCGCUGCCACAGACGUGCCGACGUGCGUCUACAUGCCAGACGGCCUGACGGUCCAAGUUCCUGUCAGACUAGACCAGACAGCCGCUGACCUGCUCUCUGCAGCCUGCAAGGUGAAACAGCUGGACGCCGGCGUGCACUGCCUCCGACUCCACAGACGAGCGGGGCUGGGUGUGGAGGUCCGGUACCUGGCUCCGGGCGAGCUCCUCCGCGAUGUGGUCAACGACCAGCUGGAGGUGGUCCCAGUUCAUGUGUUUGCUCUGCACAUGAGGCGGCCGAGCGACACCGCGGACUUCGGAUUUGCAGUGACGGGACACAUCGACAGCCAGAAGAACAGCCGGAUCUUUGUCAGCGAAGUUCUUCCCGAUGACCUGGCAUUCAACAAAGGCCUGCGUCCGCGCGAUGAGAUCCUGGUGCUGAACGGCAGGUGUGUGUCGGGCCUCGACCUGGCUCUGAUCCAGACGCUGUUUGCCGAGCCCACCCUGGACCUCAGCCUGAGGCGGGACGGCCCCCCGCCGCCAGCGGUGACCUCCACCCACCAGGUCCUUUCCCUCGACGUCAACCAGGAAGUCUGCAGCGAGCACCACCGCGCAAAGUCCUCCUCAGGCGUAUGCAGUGUAGCUGAUGGAACGGAGUCCCCGGGCGUCGGGCUGGAGAGCGGUCACUCCCACGGCGCACACAGGCCUGUUCAGCACAGCAAGAGCGUGGACACAGUGUGCACUCUCUCGGGUUUGAUGGACAAUACCAAGGAACCUCCAGGGAGGCGGGCGUCAGAGAUGGGGUCGGGUCCCACGGGAGACGCUCCGCUGCUCCGACCCUGCCCCAGGCACAUGAGCGCCACCGAGAGGUUACGCAAGGUCAUCCAGGAGCUGGUGGACACGGAGAAGUCCUACGUCAAGGACCUGGCCUGUUUGUUCGAGAUCUACCUGAAACCCCUGCAGAAUGAAACCUUCCUCACACUGGACGAGAUGGAGAGUCUGUUUGGCAGCCUGCCAGAGAUGCUCGACUUCCAGAGGGUCUUUCUGCAGACUUUGGAGGAGAGGAUCGCCUCCUCGCCAGACUUCAGCAUUCUGGAGACCCCCUCACAAUUCAAGAAGCUGCUGUUUUCUCUCGGGGGAUCGUUCCUCUACUACGCCGACCACUUCAAGCUCUACAGCGGCUUCUGUGCCAACCACAUCAAGGUCCAGAAGGUCCUGGAGAGAGCUAAGACGGAUCGGACCUUCAAGGAGUUCCUGGAUGCGAGGAACCCCACCAAGCAGCACUCCUCCACCCUGGAGUCCUACCUGAUUAAACCGGUGCAGAGGGUCCUCAAGUACCCCCUCCUGCUCCGGGAGCUGGUCUCCCUCACGGACGCCGACAGCGAGGAGCACUACCACCUCACCCAGGCCCUGAAAGCCAUGGAGAAGGUGGCCAGCCACAUCAACGAGAUGCAGAAGAUCUACGAGGAUUACGGCUGCGUGUUCGACCAGCUGGUCGCCGAGCAGACCGGCCACGACAGAGAGGUCACAGAGAUUUCUAUGGGAGAGUUUCUCAUGCAUUCCUCGGUGGUCUGGCUCAACCCGCAUUCAUCGCUGGGCCGCAUGAGAAAGGACCCCGAGAUGACCGUGUUUGUGUUCAAGAAAGCAGUGAUAUUGGUCUACAGGGAGAACAACAAGCUGAAGAAGAAGACGGCCACCUCUCGCGCGGCGCUCUCUCACGGAGACUCGGACCCCUUCAAGUUCCGCUGGCUCAUCCCUCUUUCCUCGCUGCAGGUCAGACUGGGAAACACUGCAGGAUCAGGCCCAGAAAGCAGCUGCAUCUGGGAGCUGAUCCACUGCCGCUCCGAGGUGGAGGGCCGACCGGAGACGGUCUUCCAGCUGUGCAGCAGCGUGCCGGAGAACAAGGUCAACAUCAUCAAGGUCAUCCGCUCCAUCCUCCGGGAGAACGUGAGGAGGAACGCGCAGAGCGAGGACACGCUGGAGAGGAGCGGCAAGGAGCGAGGAGCGGCCCCGCUGCGCACCUCCUUGCCCUCCGCCGUCAGGCUGGGUUCCACCAGAGCUUCCUGGUUGUGCAAACAUCCGCUUGGAGAUCUCUCCUCCCGGGCCGGGAACCCCAAGCCGGGGCCGGACUCUGACGAGGGGAGCUGGAGCAGCGGGACCUGCAGUUCGUCCGGCGCUCCUCCGGCGGCGUGCGCCUCCUCCGAGUCGCACGCCGCCACCGUCCAGCAGAGCUCAUCUCGGACGCCCGGGUCAAACUCGCAACCCCGCUCCUCCUCCUCCGCGAAGGAGUCCGAUAUUUUAAGUGACGAGGACGACGACGGUUUCAGCGAAGGGGUCGCCAGGAGGAGCAGCGGAGACGGCAGUUCCCCGACGAGCGCCAUCGACGCUCAGUUCCUCCAACUCAAACUGUCCGAGGACGCGGCGGCGGCGGCGGCGCCGGCUCCCUGCGUUCAGCCCGAGAGCGUCGGCGACACCCCGGAGACCCAACCCAGACUGAUACGCGGACAGUUCGGUGCGGUGAAGAGGAAGAGCAGCAGUUUCAGGAGGAGCCAGAGCACCCUGUUGAAGACGCACAGCCGCUCCCUGGACAGCCAGACGGACGCUGACGCUCCGGCGGGGGGCGUCGACCUCAACGCGCUGCUGGAGAGAGAGUUCAGCGUGCACAGUCUGACUUCGGUCGUGAACGAAGACUGUUUCUACGAACCGGCGGAGGGCUGCGCCGCGGAGCCUGAAGGUGCCUCCUCCUCGUAGGAGGAGGAGGAUACGACCUGAAGUCAAGCUCGUCAGGGGAAACCGGGCCGCUGAGAGAGCAACACGUUAGGUUAACUGAUCUGAUGAAGCCUAUUGGCUGACAGAUUCUCUCCCUUGAGGCGAUUUCUGUGUGAAUGAUAAGAAAUGCGAUGAAUCCGCCAGGUACCGAUGCGUUGGAGCGUUAGAGUCUCUGAGCUUCUCCCCACAAGCCGUCUGAGUGACGUCUUCAUCCCAUUUCCCCUGCAGCUCAAGCCGAUAGGCAGUUUUUAUUAGAUUUUUUCUUCUUCUCCCAGUCCCUGAAGUUAAUCGUCCACAUUGCAUCGAGAGUCGUGUGCAGAUGCUGAGGCCCAGUGUGCCGGCCAGCAGGCGUCCACACAGAGGUCAUAGGUCACAGAGCCACACACCUUCAGGUCCCCUCUUAUUAAACGUGAUGACGUCAGUCUUCCUGAGAAUAGAUGAACCAACAGGAAGGACACCUUCACAACCAAACUUGCUGUAUUUUGUGCACUAAAGUGCAUUAUUUGCCGAUAUAUUUGAACUAUUUUCUAUCUGUAGAGGUUUUAAUGUAAUUAAUGCUGUUGUUUUUUUAAAUUUAUUGAUAGGUUUGACUAUGUACAGUGCAACUUGGCAAACUUACUUUUUGAGUGAAGGCGUGAACUGUUUGAUCCAUUAGUAAACACACAAGAUGUGCUACCGCUCCACUUUUACUCCGCUGACUUUUAGAUGUUACCUCCUGGAUUUUGGUCGUCUUUCCCUUUUUUAAAUUCCAACUUGUGGUUUAUGUGGGAAUGUACAAGUGUUUUGAGGUCUGGCUGCUUGAUGAUUUAAACUGCAAUAAUGUUUAAAAACCCAAUGUUUCCUUUGAUGUUUGCCCCGUAUAUAUAUAUAUCAUCUUUUCUAUCUUUUGAAACAGUUCUAUAUUCAUGCAUACUUGACACUGUACAGGUAAGACAAAAAGGAGUUGGCAGAACAUUCAGCUGAUAUUUUUGUAAAACUCUUGUUUGCCACCUCCUAAAGUACCUGUUGAGGUACGAUAAAGAAGUAACGACUCAUUCUUUACCUUCUCAACUCUACCUUGCCUUUAAUGCUAGCAUACCAAUGAAUGUGAAUGCCCCAUUCUUAUGGAAGUGUUUUAAAAAUAAAUAUUUUAUCUGUGAAUAAC